GUUUUGACAUUUUGUAAAUUAUUUUGCACAAACAAUAAGCAAUUUUAGCGAAAAACGGCAAAUAUUGAAAAAUUUUCUAAUAAUUUCAUUUAAAAUUCACUUCAAAACGGAUUGCAGUACUAUAGAAAAUAUGAAACCAACUUUAGCGGCUGAUGAAAUGUUUCCCGAAGGAGCUGGUUAUAUGGAUAUGGAGGAGUCCGGUGGUUCUUCGGCUAUCUUAAUGGAUUUGGCCAGUAAUGAAAAACAUGUUCAUGCUGAUUUCUAUAAUGAUUUCGAUGAUCUCUUUGAUGAUGGUGAUGAUGAUAUUUUAAAUCUUACCUCGGAUAAUAAUUCUUAAAUAAAUUUAAAAAACAAAAUUA